CCAUCAUCCUUAAUCUCACGUGCUCUAUCGCUUCCUCGUAGGUGGUUCCUAGCUGUAGCUGGCGGAGAGUAUCUGUAGUUAUUUGUGUGAAAGUACUUUUAAAAGUACAAAUACUAAUCUCAGAAAUGGGAGCCCGAGAUGACGAAUAUGACUACUUGUUCAAAGUUGUACUAAUUGGAGACUCAGGAGUGGGGAAGAGUAAUUUACUGUCCAGGUUCACAAGAAAUGAGUUCAACCUGGAGAGCAAGAGCACCAUCGGGGUGGAGUUUGCCACCCGCAGCAUUCAGGUGGAUGGCAAGACGAUAAAGGCUCAGAUUUGGGACACAGCUGGACAGGAACGCUACAGAGCAAUCACCUCAGCGUAUUACCGAGGGGCAGUUGGAGCUCUUCUCGUGUACGAUAUCGCCAAGCACCUGACGUAUGAGAACGUGGAACGCUGGCUGAAGGAGCUGAGGGACCACGCUGACAACAACAUCGUCAUCAUGUUAGUUGGAAACAAGAGCGACCUCCGCCACCUCCGAGCAGUACCCACUGACGAGGCUCGGGCCUUUUCAGAAAAGAACACGCUCUCCUUCAUUGAAACAUCAGCCUUGGACUCCACUAAUGUAGAGGAAGCCUUCAAGAACAUUCUCACAGAAAUUUACCGUAUCGUAUCUCAGAAACAAAUAUCAGACAGAUCUGCGCAUGAUGACUCGCCAGGAAACAAUGUAGUGGACAUAUCUGUUCCUCCAACCACAGACGGGCAAAGGGGCAACAAAGUCCCAUGCUGCCAAAGCCUGUGACACCUGUAUUCCACCAUUGUCUGACUUUGUUUUUUGAUCCUCUGCUUCACUCCAGUGGUUCUGCUGCUGUCUUCAUUAUACCCUGAUGGGUUCAGAAGGCUGUGACACCGGUUGACAUUCCUCUUUGCUGGUUUCUUCUUUGUUCAUUCUUUGUUUAUUUGUCUUCCUUUGAUUUUGAAGGUGUCUGAAUAACUUUACAGCCUCAUAACAGCUAUGAGAAGGAGUGAUAUUAAGCUGUUAUGAUGGUGACCUUGAAACUGUAGUAAAGUACAAUUUCUUUGUCUGAUCCUAUUGACCCGCUCCUGUUGAAGGACUGGUGAGGGAUCUGUAAGCCAGUGCUCCAAGUGAUUUUUAUAUUCUCAGCUUUCAGUGAUACAGACAUGACCUUGUGCAGUGGAAUACUAAUGUAUUAAUAACUAAUGUAUGUCUGGUUGAUCUGAUUCUGCUUAGCAUGCAUUACAGCCAUAGAAGAACCAAUGAGAAGAUGGUAUCUUUGGAGUAUUGAUAUGAAUUCUGGCUGAAUUUUCUGGCUGCCUCUUGAAUUUUAAUUCUGUGCUUUGAGCCCUGUGCCUACAGUGGCAUGAAAUUAGCAUGAGCCAGGAUCCAGACUGGCAGUGAUUGACUUAAAAUGGGCAAGUGUGAUACAAACUGAGUGUAGUUUUUUUUUUUUUUUUUUUUUUUUAAUUUCAGUGUGUGUGUUAAUUUUAGUGCACAAAAAUACCAAAGGAAACAAUCUUCAUCAGCCCAUUGUUUUCUCAUUAAAGUGUGUUCAUGGCUGAUAGGAUUGUAGAUCAUAGCUGUAUUUGCAAGCUGAUGUGUGCUAAAUAGCAAGAGUAAUGCAAGUUGUGCUGAGUGAUUUUAUUAUUUGUGAAGUGACUGACUGCUCCAGUCCGGAACAAGCCUCGUAAGAACUUGUUCUGAGUUGGUCGUUUUGUGUUUUUGCAGGCUGUCUCAAAAAGGUGGACUUUUGCACUUGCGUCCAAUAAUUUCAGUGGAGCAAAUCACCAUAUAUUUUUAAAUACACCCUCAGUUCUAAUCAAACUACAUUUUCCUGUUGGUUUUAAGGGAAAUGAAGACAUGAGUUUUCUCUCACACACUCCUCUUCUUGUCAUUUGAAUGUGAUAUCCAUUGGAUAAAGGCAUGUGUAAUCUGAGAACAUUGUAAAUGUAAAAUGAAUUAAACACAUCUCUCUUCAGCUAACACUUGGGCUAUGCUGCGUGAAUGUUUAGGUCAGUAACUGGAGUUAACAAAAUCAGAAAUGCAAAUAUUUGACACGGGUGGUGGUAAGGCCUGGUAGGAGCGCCUUCAUGUGUAAAUGAGUCUAUUGUGUUUUAUUCUGC